AUGGCAAAGGCUGUUGCUGUUGUGUCUGCUCUCUGCUUUUUGGCCCUUGCCAGCCUUGCUCAUGCUCAAGAAGCAUUCACCGUCAAAGGCCGGGUCUACUGCGAUCCAUGCCGCGUCGAGUUCCAAACAAGCCUCAGCAAAAGCAUCGAAGGUGCUGAGGUUGAAUUACAGUGCAGGGUACGCGAAAACGGAACAGUGACAGUCUCACAAAAGGCCACAACUGAUGCUAAUGGAAACUACGAGUUGAGUGCGCAAGGCGAUCAUGAGGAAGAAAUCUGCGAGGUAGUUUCCGUGAGCAGCCGCUCACAGGAAUGCAAUGUUCCCUUUGGCGAAAACAAGGCAAGGGUACUUUUGACCCAAAACAAUGGCGUCCAAGGCACUGAUCGCUAUGCCAACGCUCUUGGCUACAAGACCGCUGAGGCUAAUCCCGAUUGCAAGGCAAUCCUUCAAGAAAUGGGCUACAUCCCAGAUGAGGAUCAAAUAUAG